UUCUGAUACGGUCUAAUGUACAUACAUACAUAUGUAUGAAAGAACUGAUACAGCGAGCAACGAGAAGGCAAAUUAUCUAACAUCAGCUACAAGAUACUCAAUACAACAAUAACAACAACAAUUAUUAUAGCAGUCAACAGUUGAGAAAACAAAAAUUAAAAAAAAAAAACAGGAACAAAAAUACCCACUAUCUGUGCAUUGCAUGUGUUCACAGCAGCAGCAACAAUAACAGCAAAACCAAUGAAAGCAACCGUAUCGCCUUCGCUGGAGCAGCACCAUGCCAUGUCAUUGUUGAUAAGCGGAAGGAAGUUAAUUUUGCAUAAAAAUAGUGAAAGCCAUUGCUGUUGAUAACAAACUGGCGACUUUAUGGUAUUCUAAUUACUCUUGACAUUUGAAUGCUUCACUAUCCAUAAAUUUUAUGCUUGUUUGUUCAGAACGUAUCGAAUGGACUUUAAACAAGAGCUUGAGGCUAAAACUACGAUAUUAUGUUUUGUACGCUUUGUGUGCUCCGCAUGCACACUGAAUGACGUAAAAUGUUUGCAAUCAUUGUUGCUUGUGAUGGGCUGUCAAAAUGGUUGUGCGGAUAGCAUAUCUUUAGCUGCCGUUUUAUGUAGACAAAAUACAUAUGUACAUAGCCUGAUCCGCCAACACAUAAAAGCCUCGUGGGAUGUCACCGUGGAAAUCACCCCAAUAACGCCCUGCUUCGAAAUGAACCGCCUCCUCGACAUGUCAGACGUCACCUGCACGAUUGGAAACCCGACGUUGAGCCGUGCGUAUACCACCCUUUCGACGCAGAGAAAUACAGAGCGGCGCUUAACCACCUACACACCGAUGCAGUCAGGUCGAGUCUUAGUACCAGGAACGACAACAUCGUUCUAGGCGGUCGACCGCCGCCCAUCAACAUCGACGAAGCUGAACUGCCAAGAAAGACCAGGUGCACCCUAGCUCUACUCCGUUCUAAACAGCUAUUUCUCUCGGCUGAACCCAGGAGUGGCAGACACAUGCCCUGCAUGGGGGCAAGGUCCACACAACACCCAACACCUCUUCGCAUGCGCCUCUAAACCCACGACCCUGACACCAGAAGCACUAUGGACUGCGGCGGGUGAGUACUGCUGCUACAACAACAACAACAACAACAACAACAACAACAACA